AUGAGCGCAAUUCCUACCCACUGUUGGUGUGGUCAUAAAGUGGACAUCUUCCUCUCCAGAACCCCACGAAACCCCGGUAGAAGGUUCUACCGUUGCAUCAUAGCCAUACAUAGACCCGGUGAAAGCCACCUUUUCAAGUGGGUCGACGAAUCUAUACUAGCAGACAUACACAGGGUCGACUCUACUCAGCAAGAAUUUAUAACUCAGGUACAAGAUCUACGUCAGACACUAGAACAACACUUGACUGUUCAGGAAGAGGGACAUACAGGAAAAGAAGAAGUCUUUCAAUAUUAUGAUCUACUAUGGUUCAAUGGACGUCCUACAACAAAAAACACGAACUACCCUUCCAUAUAA